CCGACACAUAUGACACAACAAAUAUAUCUCCCAAUCUCCGCUACCAGUUUUCUGACUGCACAUUCCAUACUUCUGACUCAGAUUUGUUGUUGUCAGACCGACAAAUCCAGUAUCGCUUGGCUCAGCACUUAUUCCCCUUUUCAACCUGACCUAGAAUUUGUCUGUUAUCGGGGUGGGUGGUUUUAGCGUGUGCAUGUCGCAGUGCACAGUGACUUGCACAUUCAGCUAACAGAUCACCAGCAAUGGAGAAUCUCCUGAAGGAAUUUAACGCCAUGGACACAUCACAGAAAAUGUUGUAUGGUGUCGGAAGUGUUGUAGCUGUGGUGUCAGUCGUCGCUCUUAGGAAACUGUUUUACAAAAAGGCAAAAGGAGUACCCCGUGACAUAGUGAUCGUUCGUCAGAUGGGUAGAGGCCACUAUGCCCCAAGCAUGUCGCCAUUUUGUAUAAAGCUUGAGACAUACGUUCGAAUGGCCAAGAUACCUUACCAGAACGUCCAUAGUUUCGAGAUGUCAUCUAAAAGCAACCCCUGGAUAGAGUUCAAUGGGAAGGAGAUUUCAGACACAACACUGGCUAUCAAAUUCCUCAACAAGAAGUUUGGGGUCGACCUCAACAGGAAUCUGAGUCCUGCUGACAGAGGAGUUGCUCAGGCAAUGCAGGUCAUGGUGGAAGAAUAUCUGUACUGGAUUCUCGUCCUCAACCGAUGGCAAUAUGACAACGACAAAUCCUUACUGGUGAACACAUAUAAAUUCGGGAAGAUUACCAUGUGGAGUAUUGGACGAUACGCUAAAAAACAGCUAUGGAAUCAAGGUUUAGGCAGACAUACAGAAGGGGAGGUCAUUGAGAUGUUGAAGAAGGGUCUUCAGUCCCUGUCCGACUUUAUAGGGUCGAAGAAGUUCCUGAUGGGGACGAGCCCUGUGAGACGGACUGUGCGGUGUUUGGUCUCCUGGCAGAGUUCCACUGGCUCUUCUUGGGAAGUGGGCAUGACACUAUCAUUAAGGAUAAAUACCCCAUGUUGGCCGCCUACUGUGAACGUAUGAAGGAAAGAUUCUGGCCGGACUGGGACCAGUGCAUCACACACGGUGGAACAAGGGAGGCAACCAAGUAGAAACUGCAGAUUGUCUUUUUCCCACGGAUCUUCAGCUUUAAUUGUUGUGUUGGCGUAACGCAUAUUCAAACAUAGUUCAUCACAAAUCAUAUGGAUCAGUUGUGACGGAUGAUGAUUGCCAACUUGAUAAAUUAUCCAUGUGACUAGACCUGAUUUAACUGUACCAUUGUCCACAGCAUUGAGACUAUUGUAUUUGGUAUACUCUAACACAGACUCGUUCGUUAAAACGUUUUGUAGCCAUAAGUUGAAAACAUCAUGUAUCUAUUUAAAUACAGUUUAUCGAAACUAGUUCGUUCACUUACGAUUUCAUGUGAAAAUAUUAUUAGAUUGUUUGUGGCAUAAUUAUUCCAUCACUUCACACGUUUCAUUCUUCGAUGCUUCGUGUCAUAAGCACUUUGGCGAUUACACUUGGACUUUGGAAGUAAGAUCCAUUGGCGAUGAUUUAUUUUUAUAAAUAACCAUUCUGUGUGGAAAGAUGUGAGUGAAUGAGUAUGGUUUAGCGUCGCUUCUAACAGUAUUUCAAUUAGUGUGUGUCAGUAAAUUGUGGGAGAAAACAAGAAGUGAUGCACAAUGGCAUUUUACCACUUUUGUUAACCCAAAAGUAAGGGACUCAUCGACCCACGAAACAUGACCAGUUGAUGUUCGACCCACGAUCAUAUCGUGGCCUACAUAAUUGUGUUGCUAACUGUGAUAUCGAUAUUGUUGAAAGCACCAGUCGACCCAUAUGCAUGAAUUGCAUAGCAGGUCUUCAGUGUAGACUGUGUGUGUCUGUGAAAUAUAAGAAUAAACUAUCUAUAAAUGCAA